AGGAUCGCGGCGGUGGCGGAUCAAGGUGGUGGUGAUAGCGCGGCCUUGGGCUCUGGUGUCUCCCAGUCUGCUGAAGCCCGGAGGCCAACACCAUGGACUUCCAGCAUCGCCCUGGGGGCAAGACCGGGAGCGGGGGCGUGGCCUCCUCCUCCGAGAGCAACCGUGACCGCAGGGAACGCCUCCGGCAGCUGGCCCUGGAGACCAUCGACAUCAACAAGGACCCAUAUUUCAUGAAAAACCACUUGGGCUCCUAUGAAUGCAAGCUCUGCCUGACACUUCACAACAACGAGGGGAGCUACCUGGCACAUACCCAGGGGAAGAAGCACCAGACCAACCUGGCUCGGCGAGCGGCCAAGGAAGCCAAGGAGGCCCCCGCACAGCCCGCGCCCGAGAAGGUCAAGGUGGAGGUGAAGAAGUUUGUGAAGAUCGGCCGUCCGGGCUACAAAGUGACCAAGCAGAGGGACUCGGAGAUGGGCCAGCAGAGCCUCCUCUUCCAGAUCGACUACCCUGAGAUCGCUGAGGGCAUCAUGCCGCGCCACCGCUUCAUGUCUGCCUACGAGCAGCGGAUCGAGCCCCCGGACCGGCGCUGGCAGUACCUGCUGAUGGCCGCCGAGCCCUACGAGACCAUCGCCUUCAAGGUGCCAAGCAGAGAGAUCGAUAAGGCAGAGGGCAAGUUCUGGACCCACUGGAACCGGGAGACCAAGCAGUUCUUUCUCCAGUUCCACUUUAAAAUGGAGAAGCCCCCGGCUCCACCCAGCCUCCCUGCUGGACCCCCUGGGGUGAAGCGGCCUCCACCCCCGCUGAUGAAUGGUCUGCCCCCUCGGCCACCGCUGCCUGAGUCUUUGCCACCACCCCCACCAGGAGGCCUGCCCCUGCCACCCAUGCCCCCCACGGGGCCUGUGCCCUCAGGGCCCCCAGGACCACCCCAGCUACCCCCGCCAGCUCCAGGGGUCCACCCCCCGGCCCCAGUGGUGCACCCCCCCACAUCUGGGGUCCAUCCUCCAGCUCCUGGGGUCCACCCCCCAGCUCCUGGCGUCCAUCCCCCAGCCCCUGUGGUCCACCCACCAACCUCUGGGGUCCACCCCCCAGCCCCUGGAGUCCACCCUCCAGCCCCUGGGGUUCACCCACCAGCACCUGGGGUUCACCCACCAGCCCCUGGAGUCCACCCACCAGCCCCGGGGGUCCACCCUCCCCCAUCAGCAGGAGUUCACCCCCAGGCCCCAGGGGUGCACCCAGCAGCCCCGGCUGUUCACCCUCAGGCCCCAGGGGUGCACCCACCAGCCCCAGGGAUGCACCCUCAGGCCCCAGGGGUCCACCCCCAACCUCCCGGAGUCCAUCCGUCAGCUCCUGGGGUCCACCCUCAGCCUCCUGGAGUUCACCCCUCAAAUCCUGGGGUACACCCCCCAACUCCCAUGCCCCCAAUGCUGAGGCCCCCACUCCCCUCCGAAGGCCCAGGGAACAUACCUCCCCCUCCCCCAACCAACUGAGAAGCUGCUCCCUUCCCAGCAAUCCCGGCCCAGGUGCUCCUGCCUCUCCCGUGGAGGGAAGGCUGCUCUUUUGUACUGUCCCGGCUCAUUAAACGGCCUCCCCC